AUGAAAAAAAAUUUUGAUUCUGAAAAAGGCUAUCCUUCAACUCCUAGACUUUUAAAGCCUCUCAAUAAUUCUUUUAGAUAAGGAAGUUAUGAUAAAUAUGAAUAACAAAAGUAUAAUUUGAGUAAUUUAGAUAUUAGUAAUUGAUUAGUCAAAUAAGUUUGAGAUUUCCAUCUGUAAAAGAGAAAGUUUCGCAUUAUUUCUUUUUAUUGGGUAUGUUUGAUGAUAUUAGAGUUGAUACAAUAACUACUUAAUUUAUUAAGAUUAUGUAAAGUUGUCUAAAAUAUUUUGAUGAAUUGCAUAUUAAAAUAUAAGAACUAGAAGAAUAAUAUAAUAAAUAUAAAGAUGAUAAAGAGAUGAAGUUAAAAGAGUAUACUUAAUUAUUAUUAGAAAAGGAUUAAAUCAAGCAAAAUAAAUUAACAAUUUAAGAUAAAAAUUAAUACGUUUUAAGAAUUUUAUAACUUUAAAGAACAGUAGAGCUUUUGAGCAAUAAUUUAAAAGAAAUAAAAGAUAAAGAAAGUGUAAUAAAGCCAUUAAUAAAAAAAUAGAUUUAAGAACAAACUUAAAUAAUUGAAGAAUAACAAGUAAUUCAAACAGAAAAUGAUUAAAUUGUCAUGGAAAUGAAAUAAUAACUUAUUUUUUCAAAGAGAUAAGAUAAAAUGCAAAUUAGUAUAAUCAAAGAAUUAUAAAUGUAAGUAUAGGUAUAUGAAGAUUAAAUAAGAAAUUCUAAACUUGAAGUUGAAUCUUUAAAGAAAGAAAAGCAAAGAUAUUAUGAAUUAUUUUAGAUGUCAAGAGAAGAUUUAAAUAGUUAUAAAUAUUCAAUUUAAUAGAAACUCAAUAAAAUAACUUUAUUUGAAGAUAUAAUAAAAGUAUUAUAAAAAAGAAUAGAUCAAUUAACAGUUAAAAGAAGUAAAGAGAUAGAACCUCCAUAUUAAAGUAGAAUGGAUUAUGAGGAAGUGUAAAUUGCAUAAAUAGCAAAACCAUUAGAAUCAGAAUAGGCUUUUUUUAAAUAUCUCUUAUCUUCUACAUUAGAUUAGAACAAUAAAAAUUCACAAACAAAAUAAGAAGAUUAAUUUGAUAUUUCUUUAUUACGAUUCAAUUAUCCAAAUUUUUCAUUGUUUUUAGAUAAAACCACAAUAGAUAUAUUAUCUCAUUAAAUUGAAAACCAAUAAAUGUCUACAAAUUUCAUGGGUAUUCUAAGAGCAAUAAUGGAUGGAAUGUAUCAGGAAAUGUAAAAAGAGACUUCAAUGUCUUUCUAAUCUUAUGUUUUUUCUUGGUUGAGUACUUUUUGUUUAGAUAAACAUGAAAUUUAAAUGAUUCCAAAAGAAAAUAAAUUAUUUGCUUAAGAAAAUUUAAAUAGAUUCUAUAUAUAAUUGAUGAUACCUAGCUUUGAUAAAGUUUGGGAAAUCAUUUAAUUUCGUCAUUUUUUAAAUGAAAUAUAUACAAAAGAAGAAUUAUAUUUCUAUCUUCAUAUCAGAUACUUACUUAAAGGUGUAUGGGUUUAAUAAUUUGAUGCAAUAUAUGAAUUAGUUAAUUAUAUAAAAAUAGAGAAAGCAGAAAAAAUUAUUUAAUUAUUUUUAAGUAAAUUCAAUAAAUAGAAUUAAAAUAUGAUAAUAAAAUCUUUAAAACAAGCUUCAAUAAUAAUUAAUAAUAAUUAAUUAAUUUAAACAGGAUAUGUAUUAUAAUUAUUAUUAGAAUUAUUUAGAGUAGAUAGAAAUUAAAGAUACAAAUAAUUAUUUGCAGUUUUUCCAAAUCCUCCUAUAAGUUUUAAAAAGUUUCAUGAUUUUGUAUCAAUCAACUUUCCUUUAGGUUCUGGUUAGAUUACUGAAUUAUUUAGAGAAGUACAUAUGAUAUCUAAAGGAUAAAUCAAUGUUAAUGCAUUUUAUGUAGCAACUUAAUAAUUAUGGAUUAAUUAAAUUAAAAGUUUAAAUUCUAUUCAAGAAUUUACUUAAGAUGAAGUAAAAUAGGAAUUAUAAUAAAUACAUGGAGAGAAUUAUCUUUUAUUAGAAAGAAAAAUGGAAUCAACAUUUCAAGAAGGAAUAGUCAGAAAGAUGGAUAUAUAUUAGUAUAUUUUAAAUUAUGAAAUAUUUAAAAAUAAAGAUAGAUUAAUUAAUUUUAUGAAUUAAAUUUUGAUUGAGGAAGUGGAACAGCAUAAUUUAGAAAAAAUAAAUAAAAAUGAGUAGAUGAAGGCAAUAAUAAAAAUUUAAAAGUAUUUCAAAAGAAAGUUUUUACACAACUAUUUAACAUUGUAUUCAAUAAUUUCAUUAAAAUUAAAAUCUAUUCAAUAAUUGGAAUGA